AAAAAAACUUUGAUAAUUUAAAGACGGUUAAUUUUAAGGGAAAAGGACGGAUAGAUAGUUAGGAUUAACGGUAAUAAUUAAUUAUCGGUUAUUCUUUUUCUUUGUGAAAAGUUUUGUGGUUCUUAAAAGAACCGUUUAUGUUUAUGUCGUCAUGCCAUUCAAGUCUUGUUCAAAUUAUAUCUGUGUCAUAAAAAAAAUCAAGUGGUAUCUCGUUGGGACAUGAUAGUUCGUAAACCAGAAAUUUUAGAUAAUCUCCAUAUGUUUCACCACCUUUACUUUCUUCUUGAACUUUUUCAGCUUGUUGUUCUUUAAGUUUUUCAGCUUUUUCUUCUCUUACUUUUUUAGCUUUUUCUUUUUCUUCGUCUUCUUCUUCUUUUGAUAUAAAAGUUAUAAAGUUUGAAUGAUUUAAAAUAAAGUGGUAAAACAAAUUUAAAAAAAUUUUUGAAGUGAAAAGUGCCAUUAGGUUUUUUUUUAAAUUUAUAGGGAUAUUUGGCCUCUUUGGGUCUUGUUCAAAACAUUUUUUGAACAUUGCUUCCCAAUUAAAAUAAUUAAAAAUUGUCCUAAGGCGAUAAUUGCCUUUGCUCAAAUAGUCACUUAAUAUUUGUUGAAAUUCUUCGUCUACUCUUGCGUCCAAGAAGGCUUCCUUCACGAAUACAGACAGUCUUGUCAUUCUUAAAACCACCUCUCCUUUUUUAGCGAGUUUGGACUUUUUAAAUGCGCUAACGAUCUCCUUCAUACUGGACCCACCUUUUAGGUUUUUUAUUAGGUACUUUUGAGUUGCCUUCUUUCUUUGUCUUGCCAAUCUUUUCUCCGACACUUGGAUCCAUCUUCUCAAAACAUUUUCUUGUUGGUACUUUUUCAUUGAGAGGAAAAGUCGUUCUCUACUGUUGAACAAUGUUGGAGGAAAUCUGGUUGAAUAAUUCAAUUUAAUAAGAAAUUUCAUUCUUCGUAAUGUCCAAUUAAUUCUGGAUUCCGCUGCUCCCACUUUCAUUCUAUAAAUUAUAUCUUGACGGCUCAUCGACAUCAUAUAACAAAUUUAAAUUUAUAAACAAAUCAUAAAUUAUUAUGAAUUAUUAUGAAUUAUGUAUAUGUAUAUAUAACUAUUAUAAGUGAUUAGGUAUCGGAUCGGUAGGUAGAGGUACAACAAAAUCGUCGGGGGAUUAUUAAUUAAUUUUUGUUAUUCGCGUAAGGUAGUAGGUAUAAUCUUUCAUUAUAAAUAGUAAAAUUAGGGCAACAUUAUUCAUUCUACGAUUAACGAUUAGCUAGCUAAGAACUAAUUGAUUUGAUUGACAACCAUGGCAUUCUUAACAUUUAAAAAUUACACCGAAGACAGGUUAAUGCUGUCUGAGAUACUACCGCCACCUCCAGCUGUUCCAACCGAUUUUGAUCGUAAUUUUACUUUAAUUUUAGAUCUUGACGAACCCGCUUUCGGACCCCCAGAAGCCGAAGCCGCCGAAGCCAAAGGGUCCCAAUCAUCAGCAGCAGCAGCAGCAGCAGCAGCAGCAGCCCAAGGAGACGAAGGAGCCGAACAAGUGGAACAAGUGGUAAGUUUGAGAACCAGAAUUAUUAACGAUUGCGCUACAUAUUCGUCAAUUGCCCAAGAUGCGUUUAACCUGGGAGGUUUAACGGUAAAGCAGGAAGAGUAUAAAAAUAGGGCAUUAUACUCUGAAUUUGCUAAAAUAUUCGCCCCUGCCGUCGGUUUUAUUUGCCGAAGUUUACCUAUUACAAAAAUCGAGGACCUCAGGGCAGCGCACAUUGGAAAAUUGACGAGAAUUUCAGGGAAAAUUAUGUACAUCGGCCCACACGAAACGGAAGCAAAGGUCAUAACCACCAUGUGCGAAUUAUGCGGCGCGAUUUAUUCGAAAAAGGUAAUGACCAACUCGUGCAGAUACUUCAUGGCCUGUGUGGAUGCAAGAUGCUCGUACAAGCCGAUGGAAGUAAAGUCAAGAUACUCGAGAUUCGAAAGAGUAAUUACUUUCAAGAUGCGACCGACUACCAAUGUCGCCUGCCUUACUAAUGUGACGAUGAGGAUGAAUAAGAAUUCAUUCGUAGGUAACCUCAACGAAGAAGUUGAGGUGUACGGAACAUUUUUAACGAGAGACACAAAGGUAAAUGGUAAGUAUACGUACGAAGCCUAUCACAUGGAAAGAGUAAAGAGGAUCCCGGACUUGGCGCUGCCAAAUUAUAACAUCAACAUGUUGGUAGCGUCCCUAGCACCCCACGUAUUCGGCAACAAAUUGAGGAAGCUGGCCAUACUGCUGCAAGCAGUUGGCGGUAACGCAGUUUAUGGCGCCGCGGGGCUCGUAUGCCGGGGCAACAUUAACAUUAUGUUCGAAGAUGAAGUUGCAUCGGGCAAGUCUUCGUUGCUUGUAACGGCAUCCGAGCUCUUCGAGAACGAGAACAGUUACGUGAACGGGCCAUUGACGACCAUCGCCGGGCUGCUCGGUUGUUCAGGACCGGAUGGUUCCAUUUACCCGGGCACACUUUGGACAAAUGGCACGGUUGCCGUAGACGACUGCCACAACAUGAGGGAGGAGGUCCUGACCGGGUUGCUGGAGCCGAUGGAAUCCAACAGAGUGUCCCUUAAUAAGGCGAGCCUGUGUUUAAACAGGAAAACCACCGUGUCAAUACUGGCUGCAUCGCGUGGGAACUUUCGGGAAAGGAGGGGUGAGGCAUUUUCAAGUCGCUUCGACUUGAUUAUGAAAGAGGAAAUGCCAUCAGAUUAUGCCAAGUUGGCUGUAAGGCGACACUAUGGAGAACAAGCCACCCCUCCUCUAACUAUGGAUGAACUAAGAGCCGCCAUUAGAGAAUGCCGCGAGGUGCAGCCGAUAAUGCAGCCAGAUGUAAACGAGUUAAUUUCAGAGUGGUAUGUGAAGCUAAAGAAGAAGCACCCAUCGUUUAAUCCCAGGGCCCUCGUUUCGGUCUGUCGGCUUGCUACGGCCCUAGCAAGAUUGAGGCGUAGCAUACUAGUUCACUACGUCGACGCCGAUAAGGCUAUUAAAUUGUUUGAUUCGUGUUUAUAG